AUGUCGAAGGAACACGGACAAGACGUUGAACGCCUGGAAUACGUUCCAACAACCAGAACGAGCGAACAAGCAUCUACGACUGCGACUAUGAUUAGUGACAAAACGCUUUUCGGGGAAUCGAAGUUGAGUAAAAAUCGGUUGUGGAAUAGAGUUCCGUUGGAUGGCUUUUACUCUGAGGCGUUGGAGAAGUAUGGUGAGGAAGGGCUUAUUGACCCUGUAGUGGAGAGGAAGUUGGUGAGGAAGGUCGACUGGAUCGUGUUGCCAUGUUUAUCAGUUUGUUAUGCGUUCUAUUACAUCGACAAAACCACACUCUCGUAUGCUGCCAUUUUUGGUUUAAAAGAAGACCUCCAUCUUUCUGGUUCUCAAUACAGCUGGCUUUCGUCGAUCUUCUACUUCGGAUGGCUCGUUUGGGGAAUCCCUUCGAACCUCCUAAUGCAACAAUCCCCUACCGCAAAGUACCUUUCCAUCAACAUUUUCCUUUGGGGUGUACUUCUUAUGGCCCAAGCUGCAGCUCGUAAUUUCACCGAGCUUGCGGUCCUACGUAUCUUAUCGGGGGCGUUCGAGGCUAUUGCUGAUCCUGCGUUUAUGCUUAUCACCACGAUGUUCUACACAAGAGCGGAACAGCCAUCUCGGAUUUCCAUGUGGUAUGCUGCGAAUGGUGUUGGUGUCGCCGGUGGGGGGCUGCUAGGAUAUGCUAUUGGGCAUAUCAAAGGUGGUUUGCCGAGUUGGAAAUACGAAUUCCUCGUCAUCGGUGCACUAUGCUCGGCGUGGGGUGUCACGAUGUACAUCUUCUUACCAGAUUCUCCACCGACGGCACGCGCCUUGACCCGGGACGAAAGACUGGUGGCGGUAGCUCGACUUCGUGGAAAUCAGACGGGUGUGGAUAAUAAGAACUUUAAGAUGGACCAGUUCGUGGAGGCGGUUACUGAUGUGAAAACGUGGUUGUUCUUCUUUCUUGGGGUUGUUGCUAACAUUCCGAGUGGGGGAAUUGGGAAUUUUUCUACUCUUAUCAUUAAAGGCCUUGGAUUCAACACUUUCGAGACCGCAUUGCUUGGUAUCCCUCAAGGUGCAUUUAUCAGUAUCUGGAUUGGACUUGGCGCCUACCUCAACGACCGUCUUCCAAAAAACUCCCGUACUAUAGUAUGCAUGUUAUUCAUGCUCCCCACCAUCGCAGGUACCUUGGGCUUCCUACUCGCACCCCACGAAGCCACAAUCGCACGACUCGUCUGUUACUUUUUAGCCGGCUCGUACCAUGCCUCGCUCGUCCUGACGUUGAGCUUGAUCACCAGUAAUGUCGCUGGUCAGACUAAAAAGCAGAUCACGAGUGCGAUGAUUUGGUUGGGAGCUUGUGUUGGUAAUAUUAGUGGCCCCUUCUUUUAUCGCGAAAAGGAUGCUCCCGGGUAUAGGUUGGGCAUUGGGAGUAUGCUCGUUUCAAAUUGCAUUGAAUUUUGUAUAUUCCUGGUCCUCAGACUUUACUUUAUGAGGGAAAACCGAUUACGCAGUGUACAGGCGAAGGAUACUGCUGGAGAGGCAUCAAAGACAGAUGGGAAGGACCUGAGCGUCUUUACGACUGUUCCGACUCCCAACGAGACUGCGUUUUCCGAUUUGACAGACCGGCAAAAUUUGAAACCUCAGCGCAUGCAGGCGUCGUCAGACAAUGGCAAAUUAAAUGUGGGAAAGUCGCUUCCUACCCCGUUACGGUUAACCAAUCAGACUGGGAAGGAACCACUCGUCCAUAUUGACCUCUUCCCUACCAUCUUGUUACCAUCUGUGCUGGGAUCACCACAUUCACCAAAUUUCUGGGCUAGCAGGAAGAACUAG